GAUUUUGAGAAGAGUCACCGUUUUGUUGGGUCCGCUUUGGAGCACGGCCACUUGGAGCUAGCGCAGUGGCUGGUGCCUCGUGUGAACAAGGUCUCUCGUCUUGCGUGGAUGCAGGCAGCAGUCAAGAGUGGGGACCUGGAGGCCUUGAAGUGGGCUCAUUCGUUCUUCGGUCGGGAAGGAAGUCCUUCCAGCAUCGUUAAUGCGGCGGCGGAAGGCGGACACAUGGAAAUUUUGAAGUGGCUUCUCGAAUAUUACGACGGCUUUUGCUUCGCGCUGGAACGGGCUCUAAUUGAGGCUGCUGGUCGCGGAAGACUCGACAUAGUGCGCCUUCUUUUGGAACGUGACUCCACUAUUUGUUCUAACGCUGUGUACGUUGCUGCUGCGGCGCAUGGUCACUUGGAACUGAUUCGAUGGCUGCACGAUAACUGGAACGAGCGGUGCACAACGGAGGUGAUGGAUGCUGCUGCCGGUAAUGGACACUUAGAUUUGGUCAAAUGGCUUCAUGGAAACCGAGCUGAAGGCUGCACGAAAGCCGCCAUGGACACCGCGGCUGGAAACGGGCACCUGGAAGUGGUAAAGUGGCUGCGUUAUAACAGGUGGGAGGGCUGCACGACAAGAGCGAUGAAUAGUGCUGCCAAGAAAGGAUUUCUGGGUAUUGUGAAGUGGCUUCUCAAGUACCAGUGCGAAGCCUGUUCGAUGCAUGCCGUGGAUUUUGCCGCCGCUGAAGGCCAUCUCGAAACGGUGAAGGUGCUGGUGGAGAGCGGCACGAGCUGUACUAAUUGUGCCAUGGACGACGCGGCGGCCAAUGGACACUUGGAGACUGUCAAGUGGCUGCACGAGCAUGGAAAGGAAUGCACGACCAGAGCAAUGGACCAGGCCGCGAAGAACGGGCAUUUCGAUAUGGUGCUAUGGCUGGACUCACACAGGACCGAGGGCUGCACAGAUGCUGCUAUCAACUUAGCAGCCACAUGUGGCCACCUGAAUAUCGUGCGUUGGCUUCACGAGAAG